GACAGCGCGCAGUACCAGAGCCGCAGUCGCGGAGACGGCGCCAGGAGGAGCGGUGUCUGGAGAUGCCUGACGCCCGGUUCUGAGCGGCGGCAGCGACGCCAUGGAGCGGGCAAGGGAUCGCUUACAUCUGAGACGAACUACAGAACAGCACGUGCCAGAGGUGGAAGUCCAAGUCAAACGCAGAAGGACAGCCUCACUGAGCAACCAAGAGUGUCACUUGUAUGCCAGGCGUUCUCAGCAGCAUCAAAUUCCUGUGGUGGAUUUCCAGGCAGAACUAAGACAGGCAUUCUUGGCUGAGACACCAAGAGGUGGUUAAAGUAUCGGAACAUCAAAAAUAGCUGAUUUCAAGAAAAAACAGCAAACAAUGUAAUAAAGUUCUUAUCCAUAAA